CAAAGGGGGUCAAUUUGUUAGUAGCAACACCAGGCAGGCUGUUGGACCAUCUGCAAAACACCAAGGGUUUCAUAUAUAAGAGACUAAAGGAAUGGCGUGGCAGUAAAAAUGUUUAUAAACACCAAGGGUUUCAUAAGUUAGCUUGAAAAAUCAAUGCACACUGUCAUAACUAAAGGAGCAAGACCUUGGAUUUGAAGUUGCAUGUUUAUGGAGUGCAAGGAUCGGACCAAGCGUAGCUCUGUGAUGUUACCACACACUUUUCUGCCAACUAUGCCAGCUAGAAAACUGAGAGUUGCAGCACAUAAGCGACGGGGCUUUCCAAAUCUGGCGGCCGCUGUACCCGCCUGUAUAGCACGCGGGCGCUGCGUAGCAGCGUCUAGUUUCCCAAACGCUGCCACCAAGGACGCCGUCCGUGCCUCGGCGGCUUCUGCCGCCACCAAGGACGCCGUCCUCAGGCCCUUCCGUGAGAACCGUGCUCUCAAGAAAGAUCCAAUAACUGGAGAGUCUGAAGGGCUGGCAUUUGAGUUCAAUCUCUGCGAAGCUGUGGCCUCAUGGGAGAAGGUGUGCAUUUUAUGUACUGUACUAACUUGUGACUUAAGUUGUUUUUUUUCUAGGUUCGCAACAGUACCACAACACUCACAAAAGAGUACAUUGAUGCAUUACCAAAUGGCUGGGAGGAGUAUGCAUGGCGCAGGAUCAACAAAGGAAUCCUUCUGAAUAAGUGCAGGAACAGAACUCUUUGCAUGGCGAAGCUUUCAUUGGUUCUCCCUGACACAUCACCAUAUGUACCUCAGCAAUUUGGUAGCUGUGCCGUUUGUUGGUCACUGCCUUAUAGAUUUGGGUUGUAUCGUUGUGUAUUAUAUUUGCUAUGGAGCUAUGUA